CAGCUGAAGGUAAUAGCUGAAUGGUAUCUGAAGGUAAUAGCUGAAUGGUAUCUGUUAUGACCUGAUCCUAGAUCAGUACUGCUGGAGUAAGGGCGCCUAUGUUGUCAGAUGAGGACAAUAGCUGAAUGGUAUCUGUUGUGACUGAUCCUAGAUCAGUAUUCCUGGAGUAAGGGCUCCUAUGUUGUCAGAUGAAGGUAAUAGCUGAAUGGUAUCUGUUAUGACCUGAUCCUAGAUCAGUACUGCUGGAGUUAAGGGCUCCUAUGUUGUCAGAUGAAGGCAAUAGCUGAAUGGUAUCUGUUGUGACCUGUGCUGUUCUGACCUCUCUGAGCCCUGUCUCCCCGUCCUCAGGUAACUCUACAGAGACGGCCACGGUGGAUGAGAACACUCAUGAGUUCUUCACGGAGCUGACAGAGCCUGGUACCUACAGAGUCCAGGUCACCACACUGAGCUCCGCAGGAGACUGUGAGGCCAGGGAGAGCACCGCGUAUACAGGGCUCACCUUCUAUCUCAGCCCCAGUGGAGAGGUGCUGGAGCAGCCCCAGGAGCGGCCCCAGGGUGUCAGUAUCAGGCUGCUGGGCUCCAGUACUGCAGCGGUGUCCUGGGCCCUGUCCUCUGAGAGCCACAACGGCAGCCUGGUGUCAGUCCUGUCCCUAACCUGCCUCCGACCCAGCGUCAGCCAACGCAUGGAGAACACAUACUGCAGUGAGGAGAACACGACCAGUGACAUCCUGUCCAACCUGACUCCAGGUGCCCAGUACAGAGUGGUGGUGUACCAUACUAACGGUCCUCUCAUCAGUCCUCCUUCCGAACCUGUUAUCAUAGUCAUCGAGCCAACGGGAGUGCGGGAGCUGGUGGUGUAUUCUCUGAGCCCGACUGCAGUCAUCCUGUCGUGGCAGAGACCGUACCACGUGGCAUUCAGGAAGUACGUCCUGCAGACAUUCUUCUUCAACCCUGUCACGCUGGCCUCCGAGUGGACCACGUACUACGAGAUCGCUGCUACUGCCUCAGUCAUCGCAUCCGUGAGAGUGACAGAUCUGUUGCCGGCCUGGUACUACAACUUCCGUGUUACCAUGGUGACGUGGGGCGAUCCCCCUCUCAGCUGCUGUGACAGCUCUACUGUUAGCUUUGUUACAGCUCCUGAGGCCCCCCACAUCUCGUCAGUAGACUACAACCAUGGGACUCUGUACGUCCGCUGGACCUACGGGGAACUCUUCAUAGACAUGUCCCACAGCAGGAUGCUACACUGGCAGGUCACAGCUCACGGCAAGAAGGGAUCCAAGAGGACUUACUCCACUGAUGUCACCCGUAAUGUGAUGGGUGCCAGUCUGGCCCUGCCUCCAGGAGACAUUUAUAACCUGACUGUAUCAGCCUGUACCGAAGGCAAACGCAACUCCUCUGUCCCCAACAUCAUUAAACUGGAGCCAGCCCCUCCGCGGUCCCUGUACGCGGUGAAUGCCACCCACUCCUCAGUGACCCUGCUCUGGAGCGGGGAGGGAGUGGUUGACUUCUACCAGGUGCUCUGUAAACCCACCAACACCAUCAACAAGGACCUCAAGGCUCGGGAGCCUCUAACAGCCCAGUCCCAUGUGGUGACAGUGUCCAGCCUGCUACCCUCCUCCUCCUAUAACUGCAGUGUGAUCAGUUAUAGCUACAGUACGCCCAGCGAGCCAGCCUUCAUACACAUCUCUACUACAGCCAGAGAGAUGAACCCCAGCGUAGCUGCCAUCUCUGCUCUAGCAGUCCUCAGUGUCCUCCUUCUCAGCCUGCUGGUACUCUUCCUAAUGAUGCUGCGUAAGAAACACCUGCAGAUGGCCAGGGAGUGCGGAGCAGAAACAUUCGUCAACUUUGCUUCGUUUGAGAGAGACAGCAAACUGCCCUACAACUGGCGAAGGAGCCUCUUUGCCUUCCUCACCCUCCUGCCAUCCUGCCUUUGGACUGACUAUCUUUUGGCUUUUUAUAUUAAUCCUUGGAGCAAGACUGCUUUAAAGAAACGGAAGCUAACAAGCCCUGUCCAGAUGGAUGACUUUGAUGCGUACCUCAAAGACAUGAGCAAAGACUCCGCCUACAAGUUCUCUCUGCAGUUUGAGGAGCUGAAGAGCGUAGGUCUGGAUCUUGCCCAUGAUGCAGCAGACCUGCCUAUCAACAGACCCAAGAACCGCUACACCAACAUCCUGCCGUAUGACUUCAGCAGAGUGAAGGUGAUCUAUUUACAUAACGAUGAGGGAUCAGACUACAUCAACGCCAACUACAUACCAGGUUAUAAAUCACCCAGAGAGUACAUCGCUACCCAGGGUCCCCUGCCUGAGACGAGGAACGACUUCUGGAACAUGAUCCUGCAGCAGAAGAGCCACAUCAUUGUGAUGCUGACGCAGUGUAACGAGAGACGCAGGGUGAAGUGUGACCACUACUGGCCAUUCACAGAUGAGCCGGUGACCUACGGAGAGAUCAGUGUUGAGAUGCUGUCGGAGUCAGAAUCACCAGAGUGGACCAUAAGGAACUUCAGACUGGGAUAUGCUGACGAGUCUCAGGAUGUCCUCCAUCUCAACUACACGUCCUGGCCGGACCACGGUGUUCCCACGGUCAACGCCAUCGAUAGCAUCCUGCAGUUCGUACACAUCGUCCGCCAGCAGGCCAACCGCACCAAAGAACCCAUUGUGGUUCACUGCAGUGCUGGUGUGGGCCGGACAGGGACCUUCAUCGCUCUGGACCGACUGAUGCAACACAUCAGAGAACAUGAGUAUACUGACAUCCUGGGUAUGGUGUCUGAGAUGAGGUCUCAUCGACUCUCCAUGGUCCAGACAGAGGAGCAGUAUGUGUUCAUCCACCAGUGUGUCCUGCUGAUGUGGAAGAAGAAGACACAGUCCAUCAGCAGUGAUGUCAUCUACGAGAACAUCAGCAAGUCCUAGUGAUGCCUCCUGCACAACGCCGUGACAUCACUCAGACUCUCGUGCUUCAGGCAUCCGUUCUCUACCGAGACACGUUUCAUCAUUGAUACAAAAAAAAUUAACACAGAAUGUUUGACUAAUCUGAC